AGAAAAUGCUUUAAAUUGUAAAUUAUUCAAACAUAAUACUAGUGGAAUAAAUAGAGUUUGUUUUGAUAAAUAUUUGAAUGCUUGGAGAUUUAAAACUUAUAUUAAUACUGAAGUAUUUACUGUAGCAAAUAUUGAUGAUGAUGAUAUUUUAACCUAUUUGGAAGAACAAAGACAAAAAAUUUCCCAAAUUAAUAAUGUUGACAAGAUUUUUUAUAUCAAAUCCACAGCCAAAAUGAUGUUUGAACAGCAAGAGAAAAGAUGA